ACUCCACGACAGAUGGCGCUCUCGCUCUGGCUCAUUUUUGUUGAUUUAAGUGCGGUGCUUGCACUCAAAGAGUCAAACCCUUCCAAUUUUAAUAUUAAUAUUUUAACAUUUAAUUCAUAAGCAAGUAACUAAAUGAAUUUAAUAAAAACAAUGAUAUAUUGAGUCUGCAAACACUAGAAGUAGAAAUCAAGACAAACGUAAACAUCUAAAGAUGGCAGCUUCCGUGAUGAAGCAAAAUUAUUGAGUCAAUAUUGACAUUUGUGUGUAAAAUAAAUUGUGUAUUUCCGCCUAAGCAUGGAUUCGGUACACAACGUUGGAAGCUUGUCAUAUGUAUCACAACCAGUGAGCAUUAGAGAAUUUCUCGAGUCAUGGCAGAGUGCACUUGCUGAUGAACCAAUUGUAUUGAAAAGGCUGCCUAAAACAAAUGUUAAGCAGAUUGCGGGAAUUAUGAAUGUGUCUCGGAGUACUGUCCAGGAACUUGAUACAGUGUGUGGAAUAGAUACACUGAAAUGUCCAGGGCAAGUGAAGGUUAGAGACGAUGCCACAUCGACUAUACCUGAUGAUACAGAGCUAGUUACACUCAGAUUGCGAAAGUCAGAACUGGAAAAAAGGGCCAACAGCAAAACUUACACACACCGCCUUUAUGCAACGUUCAGGAACCAUCGAAGUGUCAUGCGCACUCGGGUGCCUGGCGACAAACUAAUACCCAUGACAGUGCGUGAUGUUGUCAUCUCUGUUCAGAUUUAUCGACCAUUCGUCGGUGAGCAGUCCUGCAAAUACAAACCUUUGGUGCUCGACCAGGAGUUGAGAGUGCUGGGCCAGCAAAAACUGACAGAUCUGAGGGAUGCGAUCACGUGCGUGGCAGACAUAGCUCUACCUGUCGAGAUGUCAGUGAACCCUGACAUGCCGGUCAACACUCGCUGCAAGGACAUCUAUCCAUCUGGCUUCUUCUACAUCAACGGAACCUUCUUCAAUGAUUUACGCCACCCUGAAGCUAAAGAUCUGAGCAGCGUCAUUCGGACGUGGGGAGCGACGAGACCCAAUCAGAUCGGUGAGAUGAGGGAGGCGGCCAUGGAGGACACGCAGUUCCUCGACUUGUCCCUGCGCGUCGGCCUGCCAUACCUCUAUGUCCACCAGGGGGACUGUGAGCAUCUCAUCGUGUUCACUGACAUUAGGAUGAUGAAUAUUGAGGAUUCGUCUGACGUCAGUAAAUACCCUAUUGUUAGCAGCAACGUGAGCAAGAAGAGAACCGUGUGCAUCGUAUGCCUGCUGUACAACGCGAGGUGGGUGACGUACGACGACUGUCUGUGCUCGCAGAGUCCGGCAUUCUUCUGCGACGCCUGCUUUCGUGAGCUUCACUACGACAGCAGCGGCACCAAGCUCGGGCCUUUCACUGCCUACAGGUUCUACGACAAGAACGCCGUGCUGCCGUAGCCAGCAGGGGGCGCCAUUUCACUGCCUACAGGUUCUACGACAAGAACGCUGUGCUGCCGUAGCCAGCAGGGGGCGCCACAUGUCAUGACAACUUGGAAUAUUUGUGUGGCAUGCUCACAUUGGCAGACUGCGAUCUUGUAAGAAAAGAUACUUGAGGCGGUGUGUGUGAAAUCAUGUUUCUGACAUUGUGUCAUGUUUUGAUAAAAUCAUCUGGAGCAAUCGUGCUUAGCUAGUGAAUUUGAUUGUAACGUGGUAUCGUGCACAUUGGUCACAGUGUCUUGUUGGUGACUCAAGCCGUGGCAUGUGAUAUAAAUUGUACAUAUUUUUACUUUGAAC